AUGCUGCCCCAGCCCUGGCGCCUCUUCUCCCGCGCUGCGGAGGACGCGGCGCUGCAGAGGAUCCGGAAGGUGCUGUGCGUGGCCGAGAAGAACGAUGCCGCCCGGGGCAUUGCAGAGGCUCGUUCCUCACACACGGCUCUGGCUCAGCGGCGUGAAGGGUUCUCCAAGUUCAACAAGAUCUACGAAUACGACUACCAGAUGUUUGGCCAGAACGUUACUAUGGUGAUGACAUCUGUGUCAGGACAUUUACUGGCUCAUGACUUCAAGAUGCCCUUUCGCAAAUGGCAUAGCUGCAACCCUCUAUCUCUUUUUGAUGCUGAAAUUGAGACGUAUUGCCCUGAAAAUUACAUGGAUAUCAAGAGAACCCUUGAACGAGAAAUCCAGCAGUGCCAAGCCCUGGUGAUCUGGACUGACUGCGACCGAGAAGGAGAGAACAUUGGCUUUGAGAUAAUUCACGUUUGCAAAGCUGUAAAGCCAAACCUCCGUGUCUUCCGAGCCCGUUUCUCAGAGAUCACGCUCCAUGCUGUCAGAACAGCCUGCGAGAACCUCACCCAACCUGAUCAGAAAACAAGUGAUGCCGUCGAUGUCAGGCAGGAGCUGGACCUCAGGAUAGGUGCUGCCUUCACCAGAUUCCAGACACUGAGGCUGCGGAAGAUCUUCCCUGAUAUCUUGGCAGAUCAGCUCAUCAGCUAUGGUAGCUGUCAGUUCCCAACACUGGGCUUUGUAGUUGAACGCUUUAAAGCCAUCCAGGCCUUCGUUCCUGAAGCCUUCUAUAAAAUAAAAGUGACACACGAUCAUGAAGAUGACAGCGUGGUCUUCAACUGGAAGAGGAACCGGCUCUUCAAUCACACAGCAUGCCUGGUCCUUUACCAGAUGUGUAUGGAGGAUCCCGUAGCAACUGUUGUUGAGGUUGGGAGCAAGCCCAAGAGCAAAUGGAGGCCCCUGCCCCUGGACACUGUGGAACUUGAGAAGUUGGCUUCCCGCAAACUGAAGAUAAAUGCAAAGGAAACCAUGAGGAUAUCAGAAAAACUCUAUACUCAAGGGUUCAUUAGCUACCCCCGAACAGAGACCAACAUUUUCCCCAAGGAGCUGAAUCUCUCUGCCUUAGUACAACAGCAAACACAGGACCCAAACUGGGGAGCAUUUGCACAGAGGAUUUUGGAUCAGGGUGGGCCAACCCCUCGGAGUGGAAGCAAAUCAGAUCAGGCUCACCCUCCCAUUCACCCCACCAAAUACACUGCUAACCUGCAGGGCAACGAGCAGAGGCUGUACGAGUUCAUUGUGCGCCAUUUCUUGGCUUGCUGCUCUCAAGAUGCCAAGGGCCAGGAAACCACCGUGGAGAUUGACAUUGCCAGUGAGCGAUUCAUUGCUCAAGGACUGAUGAUCCUGGCCCGAAAUUACCUGGAAGUCUAUCCUUAUGAGAAGUGGAGUGAUAAGGUUAUCCCACUGUAUGAGAAAGGCUCUCGCUUUCAGCCCACUACAGUGGAGAUGGUGGAUGGGGAAACCAGCCCUCCGUUGCUCCUCACAGAAGCGGAUCUCAUUGCUCUCAUGGAGAAACAUGGCAUUGGGACUGACGCCACUCACGCCGAGCACAUCGAGACGAUAAAGACACGGAUGUACGUGGGCCUCACAGAUGAUCAGCGCUUCCUCCCAGGCCACCUGGGCAUGGGGCUGGUGGAAGGCUACGAUUCCAUGGGCUACGAGAUGUCCAAGCCUGACCUUCGAGCUGAGCUGGAGGCUGAUCUGAAACUCAUCUGUGAGGGGAAAAAAGACAAGUCUGUAGUGUUGCAGCAGCAGGUCCAAAAGUACAAGCAAGUCUUCAUCGAAGCUGUGGCCAGAGCCAACAAGUUGGACCAGGCCCUGGCUCAGUACUUUGGAGAAGCCACAGGAACUGCAGAGCAGGAGGUUUAUCCAGCAGCACCCGUUUCCGUUCGGAAGUGUCCACAGUGCAACAAUGACAUGGUGCUGAAGACCAGGAAGAGUGGCGGGUUCUAUCUCAGCUGCAUGGGCUUCCCAGCUUGCAAAACUGCAGUCUGGUUUCCUGAUUUUGUGCUGGACGUGGCCAGGGAUGAGAGCAUCUGUGCUGUGUGUAAACCACAUCCAGUUCACAGACUGAAGUUUAAAUUCAAGAGAGGCAGCGUUCCACCCGUGAUGCCCCUGGAGUUUGUUGGCUGCAUUGGAGGCUGUGAUGACAUGCUCAAAGAGCUCCUGGACCUGAAGUACUUAAAUAGAUCCCAGCCCCUAUCAUCAACCAGCCAGGAAGCCAACCACUCGCAGGUCAACAACUCCUUUAACAGACCUAGUGGUGAAAACAGGCACGUGAGGGGGAUCACAAACCUGGCACGAAGACAUCUGCUCCCUAUGAGCUCCACACGAACACCCAGACCUGCUCUUUCAGCUGCUCCAGAUGAUGGGAACAACGCAGUGGUGUGCAACUGUGGCAAUGAAGCCCUGCUGCUCACUGUGCGCAAAGAGGGGCCCAACCAAGGCCGGCAGUUCUACAAAUGCAGCACCAGCACCUGCAACUUCUUUCUCUGGGCUGAUCAGCAGCCAGAGGACAGAAACAACGGGGCUCCACGGGGCUCUGCGCUGCCCCAGCCCUCUGCAGGAAGGGGCCCAGCAGGAUUUCAGCGCCCAGGAGGAGGAGGGAGAGGCCCAGAGCUCUUUGGAAGCAGCAGCUCCGAUCCAGGAGGCAGCACAGUGUGCAAUUGUGACCAGCCAGCUGUCACACGCACUGUCCAAAAGGAUGGGCCCAACAAAGGGAGGCAGUUCCACACGUGCUCGAAACCCCGGGACCAGCAGUGUGGCUUCUUCCAGUGGGCAGAUGAAAACACAGCUCCAGGGCCUUCUGGAGAUGUCUCUUUGAACCAUUUUGACAGCAGUGGAUUCUCAAGAGGGUUGGGAAGUAAAGCUAAGAGACCAGGCAGCCUCUCCUCAGGAGCCACUGCCAAGAAACCACGGACCUGCAGCAUUUGCCACCAGCCUGGUCACACCAGGAAAACCUGCCCUCAAAACCACUGA